CUAACCGUAAGGAUUGAAUCACAGAAUAUAAUCUAUUCUGUGAUUGAAUCGCAGAGAUAACGAUUGAAUUUCGAACACCGUUCACGGGUCAUUGCGAACCGGUCCGAAUAUUCGGGCAAGCGUUCACCGAUUCUGAACAUUCCGACAUCAUAUAAUAAUUUUGUGCUGUAAUCAGGAAUAAAUUGCAGUCUGCAGUAGUACCGAUGCACGGGGAUACCCCGCCAACAUCUAUACAUAUAUAUUUAUGUAUAUUUUAUACAGGUCAAUUGUAAUUCGCUCUAUGCUGUGAUGAUCGGUAGUCGGUGCGUUACGUAAAUUUAAUUCUUUCGACUGCACAUCCUAUUCACAUACUGAUGUGUAUAGGAUAAUGCUCAUAGCGGUGUAAUUGCAUUGAGUGCAUCGUACUUUCACCGGCGUCCGCCGCCCGUUCACACACACAACAUACAUAUUUCUCAGAGUUUACCGCCUACACCGCUGAUACUUCUGUGUGAGCCAUCCGCUGUUCUACAGUCGCAACGAAUUAAUUAACAAAAUGAGUGAAAGUUUAGCUGUUGUACUAUCCAACUUGAAAGCUUGUGUGAUAUCUACAAAAGAUGGAAUACCAUUAAAUAAACUAGAUGAUGACUACACUACAUUGAAUGGUGCAAGAGUACCAUUUAAAGAAUUAGGAUUUUCUUCCAUAGAAGAAUUAUUAAAUUCUACUGGGAAUUUCACAAUUCAAAAUCGUAGAGGUGUUAAAAUCGUACAAAUUUUAUCUAAUAAAAAAACUCAACAUUUAACUGAACUGAUAAGUAAACAAAAAUCAAAACCUCCAAAGAAAAACCCAUAUAUGGGUAAUAAAUUUGCUCCACGAAAAUAUAAUAAUUCAAAUAGCCAUAACAAAUCAAUUAAUUAUUCUAAAGCAGGAGUUAAUACUUUGAGUAACUACAGUACAACUAGAAAUAACUAUCAAGGUAUUCCUAGUUAUAACAGCUAUAGAAUAUCUACUAUGUAUAACAAUAACAGAUUUGAUCAAUAUAAUAAUCGGUCAAGAUCAUACGAUCAAAAUAGUUACAAUAAAACAUUACAAAAUGAUUUGUAUACUAAUGGAAAAAAUUAUGUACAAUCAGUUCCAACAACAAAUGGUAUACAUCCAUUGAACAUAAAUGGAAAAUCUGAUCCUAAGCUAGAUCAAAAACUUCCACUAACUAGCAGUUGUAGUAGCUUAGAAUCUACCUAUAGUUCUAGUUCAACUGGUUAUACAUCGAAAUCUACUACGCUGAAUUCACCGGACAAAUUCCAAAAAUUAAAUGUAAUGAACAUUCCUGUUCCUCAAACAGUCCACAUUAACGACAAAAAAAAAGUUUCAAAAUAUACAAAUAUGGCAGAAAAAGAUAGUGAAUUUAAACCAUUAACGCAGCAACAUUUACCUAUUGCAAAGAUUCCAACAAAACAAAAUAUGCCAGUACAACUUUCUACUGCUCAAAGUAGACUAAACAAGUAUCCUAAAAAAUGUGAUGAAUCAGUGUAUAAGAAUGAUGGCAAAGAAAAAAAAUCACAAACCGAAGAAUUAUCUGUUCUCACUCAAGACUUAAAAAUAGAAGUUGAAGAACCUUAUCUCGAGGUGAUUGACAAUCAAGACUACAUAAAUGAAUUAGAAGUAUAUUUAAAAAAUCUUAAUUUAUCAGAACCAUGUUAUGAAUUCAUGAUAAAAAAAGAAAAAUCUGGCAGAAUAAUUAAACAUAUUCAUAUUUGUACAAUUAAGGUAAAUGAUAAGAGUAUAAGUAGUUCUUUCCCUAUUGAAUGCAGUAGUGUUGAUAAUGCAAAGAUAGUAGCAGCUAAACAUGCUUUGUUAGUUUUGAAAAAACAAUAUGGUGAAAGUGUUAUUUAUCCUAUAACCAAUGAUAUUAAUACAAUGGCUUCUCGCAUCAAAGAGUUAUUGAAAGUGGGAUAUGAAGAAAGUGGUAUUAUGGGUGAUGUUUUAGAGCGUUUAUAUAGAGAAAAAUUUCAAGAAAACUUGCCUGAUAAUUGGAUUCAACUUUUAGAAGUUUAUAGUUAUUUCACAUUCGAUAAGCUAGUUGCUAAUAAAAUCAUUAUAUAUCUUAAUGAAAUUGAAAACCAACAACAUAAUGGUGUAAAUGGACAUCUUGAUAAACCUGUGAUUGAAGAAAAAAUUGUUCCUGGUACCUCCUUACGUUUUGAGAACUAUGAUGAAAAAUGUGUACUUGUUUCUGCUAAUUAUGGUACAACUGAUAUUUGGAUACGUUUUGUUGGACAGAGUGCAGAUGAAAAUUUUAUUAAAAUGCAAGCUGAAUUCAAUGAUAUCAUGAAUACUUCUGGUUUUAGUAUUGCAGAAGAUAUAAUUUUAGGUGAUUACUAUGCUGUUUUAUACAAUUCAUCUUGGCAUAGAGUCCAAGUAUCAUACUGUAACGAAGAAGAUGCUUCUUGUUUCCUAGUAGACACAGGCGAACAAUUAUGGGUAUCAAGAGAUCAAAUAUGCUUUCUAGAACCAAUUUUUAUGCAAACUAAAACACAAGCUAUUGAGUGUGUUCUUACCCAAUUGGACAACUUUGGCACUUUUGAAGGUUUAAAAUUAAUAUUGGAUGAAAUUAUAUUAAAUAAAACAUUCUUUCUUAUACCCGAUUCCUUAGAAGAUGUACCUAGGGUUACUUUGUAUGAGAAAGGAGAAGGAUCAUCUGAUAGAGUGAAUGUUAACAACUUGAUUAUACAAAAGUUUUUGGCCAAAUCCGUUGCUAGACUUCCUUCAUUUGAGGAAAAUGCUGUUGUGGAUGCAAUUGUAUCAUCAGUUGUUGAAUCUGGCCAUUUAUAUUUGCAAUUAAAUUUUGAUAUUGUCUCAUCACUUGAAGAAAUCUUACCAAAUGAUGAAUCAUUACUUCCAGAAUUUUUUUUGAAAAGCAAAGAAGACUUACAAAUUGGUCAAAUUUACUUAAUUAAGUAUGAUGAUACUUUGUGGAGUCGUGUUGAAAUUCUUGAAAUAAUCAAUGAUUCUGAGGUUAAGAUAAUUUAUAUAGAUUACGGUAAUAUCGGAACGUGUGAAAUAACUAAACUUGCCAAUUUGGAAUUAUUUGAUCCUUUAAUGACCAAGAUUGCACCUCAAGCAAUUAAAGCAUCUAUGCAUUUAUUACCUCCUAGUAUGAUGACACGAGAUAUUGCAAAAACAAUUUAUGAUAUUAUUGGGGAAGAUAAAGUUUUGGUUAACUUGAUAAAUGCUUCUUCUGAUGGUGUGCCUUGUGUUCAAUUAUACAAAACCCAACCUGAUACACCUGAAAUACCCUUGUGCAUUAAUGUACAAUUAGCUCAAAGUUUAAAAAAGCAUUAAAGUCUUACCAAUUUCCCAAUUAAUGGACCACAUUUAACUAAUUUUUAUU